CGUUAAAGCUGCCGUUGUCACCAGCGGUGCCGCCGCCAUGCCGCUCCGUGUCACCGUGCUCUACUGCGGAGCCUGAGGCUACAAACCCAAGUACGAACGGCUGCGGGCGGAGCUGGAGAAGCGCUUCCCCGGAGCGCUGGAGAUGCGAGGCCAGGGCACGAAGGAGGUGACGGGAUGGUUCGAGGUGACGGUGGGCGGCCGCCUGGUGCACUCCAAGAAGAACGGCGACGGCUUCGUGGACACGGACGCCAAACUGCAGCGCCUUGUGGCCGCCAUCCAAGCCGCCCUGCCGUAGGCCCCACAUCGCCCCACAUCCAACGGGGCCGUGGGGGCCCACGCUGACCCCCCCAGCACGGCCUGGCUCUGCCGGCACAGCGCUCCAUGAUGGGAGCAGCCAAAAAGCCCCCGGGCACAGGGCUGCUUCCAGAACCCGCGCACGGCAUCGGAGCCAGAGCUCCUGUUCCAACCUGCUGUGGGUCUGCUUUACGUCGUCGAUGCUUCACUCCAUGUCAUCCAGGUUUCAUUUGGCACCACCCAGGUUUGGCACACGCUGUCCACGUUUGAAUUCAGGACAUAGAGGUUUCGUUUGACGCCAUCGACGUUCUGCUUUAUGCCUGCAUCGUUCACCGACUGCUGCUCCUCUCCCGGGUUGAGCUGUUCUGCCAUUACAGCACCACUCGGUGAUGUUUCUCCAUAAAGGAAUUUUGGGCUGCCUCA